UGUGGUAUGAGGGGUAAGGUGACAGAAGGAAGAGGAAGAAGUAAGUGAGAGGUGCUGUAGGACUUUUCAUAGGAAGGUUGCCGGACUGUACACCCGCAGGAAGAGGAACUAUCACCCCAGUGCUGGGACCAGGAAAAGAAGAGCGGGGCUGGAGUGGAAGUCUGCGGUGGAGGGGCGACUUUUUUGUGUGCGGAGCUGAGGGAUAGAAGCGAGGACAAAGUCAGCUAUACAGCCGUGAAUGGGUGGUAGUCGGCCGAUAAAGUUUGGUUGUUGCGAUGUGUUUCGGGCUUUUGGCUAUUUAGUACACGUAGGCUGGAGGUGUCCCGCUAAGGAAAGUGGGUGUGCCAGGGAUUUCUAGCUAAUGAGCUAUAGAGGUAAAAGCUGCCCUGUUACUGGAUCUCUGAUAAGGUGAUUCAUUAGGAUUGCUCACACAGCAGGAACAGGGUCACCUCCUACAUCCCUGUAGACACGUAGGUGGAGUGACGCGACGGUGCUACACCUGUCCUCUGUAGGAUCAUUCACAUAAUAGAUCAUUUGUAUAUAGGAUAAUUAAUCGUUCAUAUGUAGGAUUACUGAUCAUUUAGAUAUGGGGUAAUUGAAUAUAUAUAUUAGACUAUGGAUCAUUUUUAUAUAUAUAUGAGAACAGAUCAUUCAUAGAUUGGAUACUAAAUCCAUAUCUUUGACAUUAGUUCAUUCAUUUGUUAGACAGUGGAUAUAGGAUAAUUGACCAUUUUUAUGUAGGAUAUUUGAUCAUGCAUAUAUAAGAUUAUUAUUAUUAUUCAUUCAAAUAUAGAAUAAUUGAUCAUUUGGAAACCUAUAUAUUAUAAAAGAUAUUUUGAAACAUCUACUGGAGGGACUUGUUGGAGCUUCUAAUUUUUGAUGUUUGACAUUUAAAAUUUGCAGAUACACCCUAGAGAGUGUAGUUGUGAGUGUAAAUUCUGUACAUUUUAUUAAUAGUAUAAAAGAUCACUGGUCAUCUGAAAACACUGAACUAGAAACCCCAUUUCUUAGAUUAGUAAGUACUGUACUUAUAUAAUGAGUAAAAGGAGACGUGGAGUUCUAGGUCCUUGGUUGCCUCACCGGAGAAGGAAGAGUUUAUUUGUGUUUGUCACUAUAGCUUGUAUAUUGUUGUUUGGGUUCCUGCUGCUAAGUAAAGGGGUGGAUGAUGUUGGUAGCCAGAAUUCUGAGGGACAUGAACUAGAGAAGCAUGUGAUGCCCAGGGAAGAGGCUGCAAUACAAAAUGAGUUAAGCGAUGAACAACUUAAGAGGCCAGUAUAUGAAAAACCACUGCUCAAUUCUAAUGCCUUGGGAGAGUUUGGACGAGCGGUGAAUCUCAACCUUGACGGCGACGAAAAAAAUCUGGAAGAGGAGAGCAUCAACAAACAUCAAAUAAACAUCUACCUCAGUGAGAGAAUCUCAUUACAUCGCCGGCUGGCUGAACGAUGGAAUCCAUUAUGUGGAACUGUGAAGUAUGGCUAUCAGAGGUUACCCAAAACAUCUGUCAUCAUUGCAUUUUACAAUGAAGCAUGGUCCACACUCUUACGUACAGUCCACAGUGUCCUGGAAACCUCUCCAGACAUUCUUCUUGAAGAAGUUAUCCUAGUAGAUGAUUAUAGUGAGAAAGAACAUCUGAAGGAGCGUUUGCAAGAAUAUGUGUCUAAUCUGAGGAAAGUUCGACUAAUUCGUGCAAACAAGAGAGAAGGUCUAGUACGAGCACGACUCCUUGGUGCCUCCCAAGCCAAAGGAGAAGUUUUGACUUUCCUUGAUUGCCAUUGUGAGUGUCAUAUAGGCUGGUUGGAACCACUUCUAGAAAGGAUCCGGGAAGAGGAAACUGCAGUAGUAUGCCCUGUCAUAGAUGUCAUAGACUGGCGCACUUUUGAGUAUUUAGGCAAUUCUGGUAUACCUCAGGUUGGAGGACUCGACUGGAGACUUGUCUUCACUUGGCAUGUGGUCCCAGACAGAGAGCAAAAGCAAAGACGGUCCUCUAUUGAUGUUAUCAGAUCACCAACCAUGGCUGGUGGAUUAUUCUCGGUCAGUAAGAAGUACUUUGAGUAUCUGGGAUCUUAUGAUACAGGGAUGGAAGUAUGGGGAGGAGAAAACCUUGAAUUCUCAUUCAGAAUUUGGCAGUGUGGAGGAACACUUGAAGUACACCCAUGUUCACAUGUUGGACAUGUUUUUCCCAGGCAAGCCCCAUACUCGCGUAGUAAAGCUUUGGCUAAUAGUGUGCGAGCAGCAGAGGUUUGGAUGGAUGAAUAUAAAGAACUUUAUUACCACCGAAACCCUCAUGCGCGGCUGGAGCCAUAUGGAGAUGUGACAGAGCGGAGGCAACUCAGGGAGAGACUACAGUGCAAACCUUUCAAAUGGUUUUUGGAAAAUGUAUACCCCGAGCUCCAUGUACCCGAGGACAAGCCAGGCUUUUUUGGAAUGCUCAAAAGUAAAGGGAUGGCCAACCACUGCUUUGACUAUAAUCCUCCUAGUGAGAAUGAAGUCACCGGACAGAAAAUUAUCUUAUACCCAUGCCAUGGUAUGGGGCAGAAUCAGUUCUUUGAAUACACAUCGUACAAUGAAAUUCGAUACAACACGCGCCAGCCUGAAGGAUGUGUAGCAGUAGAUCAGGACUCUGAUCACUUGACAAUGUAUUUAUGUCGAGAAAAUGGCCAGGCGGUGCCUGAAAACCAGAAGUUUAUUUUCAGAGAGGAUGGUACCUUGCUACAUCAGCAAACCCAAAAGUGCAUUCAAGCUGAAAGAAACUCUCAAACAGGAAAUCCUGAGCCUGUAUUAAGGCCCUGUUUAGAUAUCGAUCUACAGAAAUGGUUUUUCCAAGAAAGAAGUUGAAAGUGUUGUGGAGUGAUGUAGCUUCAACAGAAAGAAGAAUUUGGCAGCUAUUUUGAUGUUACUGGCACUUUUUGUCUCGGAUUUAUAUAAUAUGUGCUAUGUUCACAAUUGCCUAACUGUGCCUUUUUAGAGUAACGGAUGGUGGAACACUUCUAGAAUUUGAAUGAAGUCAUAGAUGAAAUUUUAGAUGCAUAGUCCACCUAUCAGAAGAUGAUAUAUAUAUUUUUUUUAAAUGCACCCAUGUUUAUUGAAGAAAAAAUGUGCAUCUAUUAUUAUUAUUAUUUUUUUUUUUUUUGCAUUGGAGCACCUGCAAAGCAUUGCAAAUGCAAUCAGUUGAUUACAGACAAAAAGCCUUGGCUCCUGCACACUAUUUCUCCAGCCACAUGUUUGUGCCAAGCUACGGACCUCCAGUUAUAUAAUCAAUGGAUUAUAUAACUUCCCUCUGCCGUGUUUUUUCCAUUUACAGAUACCUGUGAAUGAGUGGGCAGAGCCAUGCACAGCUGUGCCAAAUAAAAAAACAUAAGGGGAUGCUACAGGGAAAAGAACCCCUGGAUGUCCCUACAUCCAGAGGAUCAUUUAUCCCUAUAGCAUCCCCUAAUGUUUUUUAGUAGUGAUGACAGACUGUGACCUAAAUAUGGGUGUAACUAAACCAUGGUAAGAAAGAGACGUUCCUAUUUUAAAGGUGAUGGUGUGUAGAAAAAAAUAAAGCAUUUAUUUGGCCUAUAGUAUAUAUGAAAAGAUUGCAACUCAAGGGAAAUUGCUGUAUUAUUGAUUUCGGUUUUAAAACCAUGUUUUAACUUUUCCUUUUACCAAAAUUGUAGAUCUUGAUUUCUAUAGGCACUAUAUUGAGCCAUUGAUUUUCUACCUGCAAAAUAAUCACAUUUGUUAAAGCUGCUGCAAAUGACCUAUAGUUGUUGUCAUGUUCAUUGUACAUUUUCUGCAAUUUUCUGUGUGUCAGAAUUUAUUUGGCUCUGCUAAAUGAAACCUGUAAUGAGCGAA